AGCGGCGCAUGGAUUCGACGCCUCCAUCACGACAAACGACGAUUACGCGGUGAUUUUAAGCCCUCCUUGCGCCGUUGCGGGCGCUUUCAUUGGGCUGACUCUACCCAUGAUUCCCGCCCGCGUCCUGACUCCUGUCCGGGGCAAUUUCCAAUUCACAGUAGGGAACAGUAAUAAAACCGGCGCAAUUCCCAUUCACCUCGUACAGCCAAGGCCUUCCUUCACACCUUCGCUGCAUCGAUUCGCUUUCACACAUUCGUUUACGAGGACACGAUGUCUUCGCUCAAGUCAUUCGUUUUUGUUUCUUCCUUACUUCCCGCAGCCUUCGCGGGUUCUUACAACACCCCUGUCGUUUCGAGUUCUGUUUCUUUGAUCAGAGGGGGGGCAUGGCCCAGCCUGUCCGCGAAACCUUCCAACUCGCCCGGUUGCGACGAAUCGGAUUUUGAUCCCACCAAGUCCUGGCCGACUUCCGCCAUCUCAACCUAUGUUACCACUACUGUCGAGGAAACGCCAUGCACUGCUGGCCAGACAGUUACGAGCAAUGGAAAGUCUUGGGUUGUUACGCAGGCUACCACUAUCACUGUAACUAAGACCGUCACCGUCACUGCUGGGCCUGGAGGUUCUUCGCCAACAGGUACUGCACCGGGCAGCUCGUCCGGUAGUCCUGGAUCAUCUUCUUCAAGCUCUUCAAGUGGCAGCACUGGAGGAGCACACGGAGGUUCAACUGGCGGCUCGACUGGAGGCUCUACUGGAGGCUCCACGGGAGGAUCAACCGGCGGCUCUACAGGUGGCUCGGGUGCACCGGGCUCGAGUGGAAACGGAAGCUGCUCCUACUAUCUAGAGGACAUCAAGCAUCAGGGUAUUGCUGCCUUCAACAGCAACCCUAGCAGCUAUGUCGUUUUCCGGGACGUGAAGUCAUUUGGUGCCAAGGGUGACGGAGUUACGGAUGACACAGAUGCCAUCAACGCAGCAAUUAGCUCAGGAAACCGAUGCGGCCCUGAUAACUGCGCACCAGGCACCGACACCACCACGCCCGCGGUUGUCUACUUCCCCCCGGGAACGUACGUUGUGUCCUCUCCAAUCAUUGACUACUAUUACACCCAGAUCAUCGGCAACCCCAACUGCGUCCCCGUUAUCAAGCCAAGCGCAGACUUCAAAGGUAGCUAUGUCAUCGACGGCGACCCGUAUCUAUCCAGUGGGAACCUAGCAUGGGGCUCGACCAACGUCUUUUGGCGCCAGAUUCGUAACUUUGUCCUGGACCUGACCUCUGUUCCUGCUACCACGGGCCUCGCUGCGAUUCACUGGCCAACUGGACAGGCAACAUCGCUCCAGAAUAUUCAGUUCACCAUGUCUUCUGCGUCAGGCACUCAACACGUCGGAGUCUUCAUCGAGUCUGGCUCCGGUGGUUUUAUGACCGAUUUGACAUUCACUGGCGGUCUGUACGGUCUCAAUGUUGGCAACCAGCAGUUCACCAUGCGAAACCUCAAGUUCGACGGCUGCGUAACCGCCAUCAAUCAGAUUUGGGACUGGGGCUGGACCUACAAGAGUCUCUCCAUCAACAAUUGCCAGACUGGUAUCAGCAUGGGCUCUGUCAGCACCGACACUGGUAUCCUUAAUGUCGGCUCCGUCGUUGUGGUUGACUCUACUUUCAGCAACACGCCCGUUGGUAUUGCGAUGAACCGCUCGAGCACAGAUCCGAGCCCGGCCACAGGCCAAGCAGCCAACAGCUUGAUCCUGGACAAUGUUCAAUUCAGCAAUGUUGACCAGCCCGUCACCGGCCCAGGUGAUGUAACUGUACUGUCUGGUACCAGCGUUGAGACAUGGGGCCAGGGCCACUCUUACACACCACAUGGUCCUCAGGUCUUUCAGGGCCCUUUCACUUCCCAAGGUCGUGCAUUCACAUACGUCGAGAAGUCGAAGCCUCAAUAUGAGUCGGUUUCUGUCUCUGGCUUCUUGAGUGCUCGUGAUGCCGGUGCUAAGGGUGACGGCGUGACUGACGAUACCGCUGCUCUAAACGCCGCUAUUGCCAAAGCUGUUUCGUCGGGACUCGUUCUUUUCCUUGACCACGGCGAUUACCUCGUCACCGAUACUAUCUCCGUUCCAGCUGGCGCCAAGAUUGUAGGCGAAUCCUACCCUGUCAUUCUUGCGUCGGGUGCAAAAUUCUCCGACAUGUCCAAUCCACUACCAGUCGUGCAGAUCGGCCAGGCUGGUGACUCCGGUUCCGUCGAGCUCUCUGACAUCAUUGUCUCCACAGCUAUUAUCAAUGGUGUUCCCCAAGGUGGUGCAAUACUGAUUGAGUAUAAUCUUCAGACGGAGGCUGGGUCUGGCUUGUGGGAUGUCCACACCCGUGUUGGCGGCUUCAAGGGCUCAAACCUACAGGUUUCCGAGUGCGUCAAGCAGCCUGGUAGCUCCGCCAUUGUCGAGCAAUGUAUCGCUGCUUUCAUGUCCCUCCACAUCACGAAAUCUGCCUCUGGUUUCUAUGGCGAGAACAACUGGCUUUGGGUUGCCGAUCACGAUAUCGAAGAUGUCAACCUGACCCAGAUCACCGUGUAUGCAGGCCGUGGUCUUCUCGUCGAGUCUGAAGCUGGUGACAACAUCCUGUAUGGCACUGCUGUCGAGCAUCACACUCUCUACCAGUAUGCCUUCAUCAACGCCGGGCCCAUCGUCCUUGGUCAGCUUCAGACUGAAACGGCAUACUAUCAGCCUACUCCUGCAGCGCCGCAGCCAUUUUCCAUCAAUGCAAACUACGACGACCCAAGCGUCGGCACCGAUGGGUGGGGCUUAUACGUGAUGAACUCCAGCUCAGUCAAGAUCCUUGGCGCCGGCUUGUACAGCUUCUUCAGCAGCUACGAUGUGAACUGCUCUAAUCAGGGCAACACAACCAAGUGUCAGAGCUCGAUCGCUAACAUCGUAGACUCCCAGGUUGAGAUCUACAACCUCAACACUGUUGGAACCCAGUCUAUGAUUGAUGUUAGUGGCCAGAGCGUCGCACAAUGGAGCGACAAUAUGGAUGGAUUCGUCUCUACCAUCGCACUCUUCCAGAUUUCUGGAACGAGCAAAUUUUAAUUUCUUUUUUUUCUCUAUCAUGUUAUAGCAUGUCAAGAGGCAAGUCCGGGCCGAAGUUUCAAUUCUGAGAGACGACAUCACAGGGUGCUGGAUUAAUGUCUGGACGUAAUUUCUUGGCUGUAUUGUUACAAUCCACCACGACAUGCCAAUGCAUACGAUUUCAGCGCCAGAUUAGUUUCCUACGAGACCAUUUUUGAAC